AAUUAACCAAUCAUCUUUCAACUUACAAACGAUAUAGAAAAUGACUAGUUUUCAUUGGGUAAAAAGUUUCCUUCGGGAAGAAUAUUAUAUGAACUUAAAUUCAAUUGAUGAAUAAUUCAUGCUGAAAAUUUAAAAAGCCCAACUAGUUUACGAAGAAAAAAUUUUGAUUGAAUUUAAAAAUGUAUUACAGCAAUUUGUGGUUCUAUACAAACAUACCUUUCAACUUUUAAACAUUUGAAUGGGACUGAAAAUUAUCAAAUAUAGUUUAAAAUAACAAUUAAAUACAAUCAUUAUUCGUCGAUCUAUGUAAAUGCUGAUUUUCAACAAAAAUACGCUUGAACGUUUUAUAAAUAUACACAUAAUAAACACAAACUUUUAUCUGAAAAUUCAUAUAGUAUAGACAAACAUUGAUAUUCAAACGAAAACAUUAGUUAUGGAAGCGUCACCUCCUUAUUAUCUUCUCUUUAUUAUCUUGUUAAUAAUUACUUUAUAUAUCGAACAAACAAAGGAAGAUAUUAAGGUCCAUACUUCUGUUCAAAUUAGACGUCCAUCAAAUCGCCAUUGGAUUGAACGCGCUUCGUCUUCUCGUCAAAAAACAACACCAUCUGUAUCAACAGCUACAAUCACUCCUAAUAGAUUUAUUUAUUUAGGAAACGCAUCAUCAAUUAAUAUGAGUUCUGAAAUGAAAAAGAACUCUAUCCGACGAAAAGAAUUACAGGAUCAACCACAACUACCAAACAUUAAUUCCCCAACAUAUCUCGAUUAUCAAGGGAAUCGAAAGCAUCCGAUCGAUGAAUAUAAUCAACAUAGUAUUUUAUAUCCACAUGAGGGACUGAGCGCAUUUCAUAAUUUGCCUUCGUGGUACAGUUUACGAUAUAGACGAUAUCCACGGGAAGAGCCAAACCAUCCUUAUGAUGAUAACAAUCUACAAUUACCAUGGAAUUAUAAGCCAAAAUGUAGAUCAUGCGGCCGACCAUUAUUACAGGAUUCAUUUUGUAUAGAUGAUUUCGUUUUACGUGUUUAUAUCUACAAAGAAUUCGUGGAACCUAAUGGUCAACGUCACUACUUAGCUUAUAUCUAUCAAGUAUACAAGGAUACCAAACAUUAUAUGCAACCAAGUCUUGUUCGGCAAAUCGUAUAUAAUUGUGAUCGAUUUCAAACUGGUCCAAUGUUAGGUGAAGUUUACUUAAUAACAGGCAUUUACAUAUCAGGUGUUCCACAUGUUGAUUCUUGUUCUUGGAAAGCACCAUGGAGUCAAGUAACGAGAGAACAAAAGCGAUAUUUACGCAAUCGGUACAGCAUUCAAUGCGGCAUAUGUCAAUUACAAAGAGUAUUGUAUAUUGAUCCAAUCUAUCAUCGAAAUCCAAAAACAUGUUAUUUACCAAUCAGUCCAAAUUCAAAUGAAAUGAUGUGUAGAGAUAAAUUUUCAUUAUGCCGUUUACAAAAAAGAACUAAUCGAUGCAAUUUUAUAAAUAAUAAAUCAUAUCGAAUAUGUGAAACAUGGUCCACAAAACAUAAUUAAUCAAUUCUUUUUUCCCCAUAAAAAAUGUUUUGAAGAAAUACUAUUCAUCUUUCAAUAAUACUCAUAUUCAUCUAAUUACUUUAUAACCAUUCAAACUACUAAUAAUACAAAUAAGUAUUAUAUUUUGUAAAUAAAUAUGACCAAAACAACAACAAGGAAAUGAUCAUAAAGAAAUAGAAAUUUAUUAAAUUUAAAUUGCACAGAUAUCUUUAUUUAAUUUCAUAUAUGAUUUAUAUCUUCUCAUAAAUUUUUUAUUAUUAUAUAUUUUUACAUUCCAUAGAAUAUAAUCUGAAUUUAAAUUAUUGAAUAAUACGUAUCAUUAACUUUCUUCAAAUUGUAUCCUUUUUUUCUUUUUAUUUAUUGUCCUCAUUAACCUUAGCAACUAGAUUUAUUAAUAUAAGAAAAUGUAUAAAAGUAAUUUGUUUCUACUAUAUGAAUGUAUGUAUGCAUGUAUGAUUUUGUUUUAAAAAACUGAUUAUAUUCAUUUCAUUGUCCCUUAAAAAACUCUUUUUAUUCGGCGUCUUUCUUGAAUAAUAAUAAUAAUCUCUUUCUUUCAUUUUUUUUUAGAUUUUUAACGAAAUUUCUGUACAGAAUAUCAUUUUUUUGUAAAGAUUUUCUCGACAGUUUAUAUUUGAGGUAAUAAAAGAGAAUGGUUAUAUGUAACAUUACCUUUUUUACUUGUCUAGAUUAUGAUGAAAUAUGAUAACACUGAAAGAAUCAUUAUAAAUGUCAAUGAAUUAACUAACUUUUUUUUGGAAUAUUAUUAUACGUAAAAGGUACUUUGAGCAGAAAUUUUCAAUAAAUCUUUUAAAAUAUACAUUUUUAUAGUAAACUCGUUGAAUAGUUUAAAAGUACUAAUAGGAGAAUAUUCGUAGGCUGCUAGUAUUCGAUUAUAAGUGUCUUUGAAGCAUUGCUCGUAUAUCCUGGGACCACCGAGUAAGUAAUGCAGUUGUUAGGAUACGGGUACUAGGUAAAGGUGGCAAAUCGAUUGAUGAAGUAGUGAAACUUCAUCAGUUGAGAUGGCUGGGACAUGUGUUACGUAUGCCCA